AGGCAGGGAGGUAACGUUACAGUGAGACCAACUUCUGAUCCUGUAAUAUCUCGGAUUAUACUAAAAGGAAUAUGAAUACGUUACGAAUAACUAUCUUUCUCGUCCAUUGUCUCGUGUUACUCAAUGUGUGCAGUGGCGCCUCUGUGGACAGGUAUGAGAGUGCCAAACCCAGAACAACAGUGGUCAACCUCUUUCACACUUUAGAGAAAAUAAACACAACAGAGCACCAGGUGGACAGUGGGACUAUUGUGGAUGAAGAUGAUGAGGAUGAUGAUGAUGAUGAAGAUGGUUAUCUCUCUGAUGAUUAUGACUCUAACCAGCCAAGAGUGGCAUUUUCCACCAAACCCAAACAUCCGUCAGCGAUUCCCACUACUGAGAAGACAAAAAAAGGAAAAAGGAAGGGCAAAGGAAAAGGCAAGGGAAGAAAGAAGAACCCCUGCCUGGAGGAAUACAAAGAUUUCUGCAUUCACGGAUCGUGUCAGCAUCUGAAGGAGUUGAACACUCAUUCUUGUGUUUGUAAAGAAGGAUACUCUGGAGAGAGAUGCCAUAUAUUUACCCUACCAGUUGGUAAGGGGGAACAGCGUUACAGCCGGACCACAGCUCUAGCGGUCAUAGCGGUGGUCCUGUCCCUCAUGUGUCUCACAAUCAUCGCUAUUCUCCUGGGACUAAGGUACCACAAAAAAGAGGAUGCUGAUGUAGAAAAAGAAGAAAAGGUCAAACUUCAGGCAACGUCAGUACAGAAGUGAUAAGGGAAGAAAGGGCGAAGAAAGGCAAAAGGAUGUGUGACCCAUGGAUAGAUAGCCCCCAUUCAAACUGAUCCUAUGCCCUUGAUGUCCUGCAGUCAUGGUGGCUGUCUACACUGGCAUGAAGGACGUUUUGAAUGCUGCUUCCAUGUGCAGUACAAUGUCCUUAUCAAUGUAUUCUCCUUGUGGAGAACACUGAGAGGACUGAACUGAAUGAAUGUAUCGCGACUUUAAUCAAGUUGCUUUUUUGUUUGUUGCUUAUUUAUUUAUUUUAAAAAAGGUGUUUCUGGUUCCCUUUCCAAUGGUCUCUCCCAUUAAGCGUAUACACGCUUAUGGGGGAAACUACUGUGUACUCUUGAUACUGAAGCCUGAUUUGUUCACGUUUGUGUACCAAGUGGUGCUUCAACCCACCAAAAGGGGAGCAGCCAACUACUAUAAGUCGGCUCAGAGCGCCAUUCGUCAAAGUUAUCUGCUACAAGUCACCAGAAGGCUCCAUCCGCUCAACAGCCUGCCAAAGCUGCACCCUUAAAAGUCCCAGCGUCCUCUGAGAUCUAAGCCUGGACUUGAACAGCGCUUCAAGAAGGCAAAACAAUUUUCCGUUUCUGAAACGCCAAGGACCCCGCCCACAUCUGACGCUGGCUCCUGAGCCUCAAAAGCUGUCCUGAUCAGCAAGAGAGGAAGAGGAGAGGGCUAAGUCUCACAGAGGAUAGAUUUUCCUCAAAGAAGACUCGCGUCUGCUUUCCGUUCCCCAGCCUUGUGGGCGAUGGAAGUUCUGUUCUAACUGGACUUGCCCUUCAGCCCAACAAAAUUACACCUGUGAUAGUGGACCCACAUACUCAAAAGAGCGUUUCUCCACUUAUCACUGCCACGGUGGUCAGUUCCUUAUCCUAUAGUGGCAAUCUGCCAAUAAAAGAGCUAAAACCACUGUUCAUCUGGCUUCAGGCUUGGAAAGCUAUCCCGGAUGUGUCAGGUUGUAAAAGUGUAAGGUUGUAUGGGUUGUAAAAACCACAGAAUGAGGUUACUCAUUCCGGUUCGCUCACAGGCCACUUCACUUUAGAGGUAUUAUUCAAACUUCGGUACAGCACAACGAUGCUCAUGUUCUCCAGGCCGAAGUGCAAAUUUGCUUGCAAAGGAAGCCAUAGAGUCCAUUCCCCCAGCGAACAGCGAGUCAGGCUUUUGUAACCGCUACUUUCUCGUUCCCAAGAAAGAUGGUGGGCUCAGGCCCAUUCUCGAUCUCAGGCAUCUAAACCGUUCUCUGUCACCCAGCCAGUGAAUCGUCUUCCUGGGGACAGUGUUCAUUUCAACCCAAAUUAUAUGCUGUACAGGGGCAAUGUAGCUCGCCCGGUUCAAAUGAUCUGGUCUGUCUUCUAGAGGGCAGAGGUAGACUUCUUCGCCUAAGAAGACUACUUUUACUGCCCAAUUUACUUUUUGAAGCACCAAGAUGCCCUGGCCCACGAUUGGCCCAGCACUUGCUUGUAUGCCUUUCUGACUGGUAUACAGCAUGAAGCCUGGAACCGUCCUCUUGUGACGUGCCACACAUGCUAACCUUAUUACAAGAGUUGCUGGAUAAAGGGGGUACCCAAAGUUCCUCACUCAAAGUUUAUGUGGCAACCAUCGCAGUGAAUCAUGCUCUAGUGGCUGGCCAAUAAGUUGGUAAAAAUUACCUGGUCAUUAAAUUUCUGAGGGGAGCUCAGUGGUUGAACCUGCUUCGUCCUCACUCUGUGCCGACUUGGGACUUAUCUAUAGUCUUUAGGGCCCUACGAGGUCCUCCCAUUGAGCUGCUCCAGUUGGCUGAUUUGCUGCACCUGUCGCUCAAGACCACCCUCCUCUUGGCAUUAGCAUGGGUCAAGCGAAUAGGUGAACUGCAAGCACUAUUGGUCAGUGCCUCAUGUCUUAAGUUUGGGUCUAAAGACUGUAAAGUCAUCCUUGGCUAUGUGCCUAAGCUGCUCUCAGCCCUGCUUAGAGCACAAGUUAUUACCCUUCUAGCUCUUCCUAGUUCAGAGGAUGAGCAGGGUCCCAAUCCACUCUGCCCUGUUAGGGGUCUUAGAGUAUAUGUGGAGUGCUCUGGCGUGAUUCAACACUUGGAGCAGCUCUUUGUAUGGUUCGGAGGCUGCUCUAAGGGGCUGCCGGUUAUGAAACAAUGACUGUCUUGUAUAGUCAAUGCUAUAGCCCUUGCUUAUGCCAUAGAGGGCCCAUUCCACUCGAGGAAUGGCCUCCUCCUGGGCAUGGUCCAGUGGGAUCUCUAUUGUGACAUCUGUCCGACCACCGGCUGGUCAUCCUAUGUAGGUUUUACUACUGUAUGUAGUCCCCAGCAAGUUAAUCCCAGGGCUCAUUCAUACUCAUGCUUCUUAAGGGCCCUUAUUUCGGCAUGUAGAGUUUCUUAGUUAUGCAAUUACUUCUAGCACAGUGCUAUUUGGAUGCGUUCCCCAUAAGCGUGUAUACGCAACGGGAGAGAAUGUUCGAAAGGGAACACUCCGGUUACUAACGUAAUCUCUGUUCUGUGAGAUAAGGGAACGAGCGUUACAUAAGUUGCCGUGCUAUAAGUCUGCAUGCGAGUCGAUGGCUGCAGCUGACAGUUGAAAGAUUCUGACGGAUGGCGCUCUGAGCUAACUUGUAUAGUAGUCGGCUCCUCCCCUUUUGGCAGGUUGAAGCGCCAUUUGUUCAUGCAGGUACACAAACUUGAACAGAUCAGGCUUCAGUAUCAGAGUAAACAGAAGUUCCCCCAUAAGCUUGUAUACGCAACGCUUGUUCCCUUAUCUCAGGGAACCGAGGUUACGUUAGUAACCAGAGCGUUUCUCCCAUCAGUCUAAAUCUAUAGUACUGUCGGAAACACCACAAAGCACUUGUAAUUAUUUAUUUAUAAUGUAUUGGUUAUUUAUUUUGAUAUGUAACAAUUUUGUUUGAAUGCAUUGAUAGUUUUGUACGUGUUUUUAUUGUAUAGAUAUUUAUUAUUGAUAGAUACAAUCAAAUAAUAAUAGGACAGAACCCUUAUUAAAGUCUU